AUGAAAAAACGAGAGAAAGAAGAUGAAGAAGGACUUUUAAAUCGGAGAAAUAUACACGAAUCAUCAUCUUCAGUUUUUAUUGAUGGUAAGUGUCAGGAAAAAUUUUUUGACUGAAUAAUGCAAGAAAUAUAAAAAUUAUACCCGAAUAUGUAUUCCAGAUCGGCCAGAUUCUCCAAGUUUAGAAAAUGUCGAUUUUUCUCCCUGGCCACAUGUUUUCAAUCUUGCAAAUUGUAUAAUUGGUGUAUCAAUGUUAGCAAUGCCCUAUGUUUUUCAACAAUGUGGAAUACUUUUAGCCGCGGUUAUGAUUGCUAUUUGUGCUGUUCUUACGAAGUUGACUUGUCAUUUUUUGGCACACACAGCAUUUCAGACAAAGUGAGAUUUUUAUUCUAUGAAUUACUGGGGAAAAAAUUGGAUUUUGGAAAAAAAUGAUGCGAAAAUAAUUCAUUGAUUUUUCAGAACAAUGAAUUAUGAGAGUCUGGCAAUGUCAACUUUGGGUCAAAAUGGUCGAAGAUUUGUUGAACUUUGUCUUUUAGUAUUUUUAGUUUCAUCAAUUGUUGCAUUUAUUGUUGUUAUUGGAGAUAUUGGACCGCAUAUUGUGGCUGAAUAUUUAGAAUUGGAAGCUCCAACACAGCGAUUACGGAUAUUAGUUAUGGUUAGUUGUUUUUCAGAAAAAAAAUUUCGACAACAAAAAAAGAGAUAAAUUUCAGGUUCUUGUUAUAACAUUUAUUGUUUUGCCACUUUCUGUUAUUGAUGAUCUCAAAAAAUUCUCUGUGAUUUCCUCGUUGGCCUGUCUUUUUUAUGCGAUUUUUGUACUUCGAAUGGUAAGUUUGACGUAAAAUCCAAAUUUGAAACUGGUGUGGAUAAAAUUAGAAAAAUUGGUUUUUAGCAUCAAAUUUCCAAAAUCUGAAAUAUUAUGAUUUUUUGAAAAAGUAAUUUCUGAAGAGCAAAAACUUGGAUGUUUAAAAAUAUUCGAAUGUUUCAUAAAAAUGAACUGUUCCAAAAUUAAUUUCUAACUAACCUGUAAAAAAAUUUCAGAUAAUGGAAAGUUUACCAACAAUAUAUGAUGGAGAAUGGAGUAUUCAUGUUGUUUGGUGGAGACCUCAAGGAUUUUUAACAUGUCUUCCGAUUGUUUGUAUGGCAAUGUGUUGUCAAACACAAUUGUUUCCUGUUAUUUCUUGUAUUCGAAAUGUGAAUGUUGAUAAAUGUGAUCUUGUUAUUUCACAGGCAAUCAAUAUUUGUGCUGGAAUGUAAGUCAAGUUUUCUUUUAUUUCUCAUUAAUCCUAUUAUUGUUUUAGGUAUGCAGCAGUUGGUGUUUUUGGCUAUGUCGCUUUUUAUUCUCAUGAACUUCAUGGUGAUGUUCUAGUGCAAUUUGCUCCAACUUUGGUUACUCAAUCGCUCAAACUUGCUUUUCUUCUAUCAAUUGCAGUUUCAAUUCCACUUAUGUUAUUUCCUGCUCGAACCGCAUUAUUUUGUCUUUUAUUGCGGGAAAAAGAUAGUGUUGCUCCAACAGUUGAUCUCGAAAAAUUCACAUUUCAUAUUCUUACGAUUUUAUUAUUAAUAUUCAAUACAGUUUUGGCUAUUUUAACACCAAAUGGUUGGUUUUUUUUUAAUUUUAAUUAAUUCGAAUGGAAUUUUCAUUAAGAAUUAUUACAGUUGAAUUUAUUCUCGGUUUAACCGGUGCAUUUAUUGGAAGUCUUGUUUCGACAAUAAUUCCUUCAAUGAUGUAUUUGUCAUAUAAUCGUGAUAACAAUACUGAAGUGUCGAAUCGAGCAAGAAAAGUGAAAGAUAUGUCAAUGGCGGCUAAGGUAACAUUUUUUGGAAAAAUUAUUUUGGUCUAUUUUUUAUUUUUUGAAAACUGGAUUACUUCUAUGUAGAAUGUAGACUUCUAUGUAGUUUCUAUGUAGAAACAAGUUAUGUAUGUGAAAUUUGGAAAUAUUUUGAAAUUUCGAAUUUAUACAAAAAAAAUUAAAUAUCUUGAAAAAAUUUACUAUAAAUACUCACAAAUACUUUUAAAAAAUAUAACGAUUUUUUGUUGCAAAUUCGGAUAUUUUUAUUUCUAGAUUUGCUUGAUAAUUGGCUUAUUCAUUUUGAUUGCUUCAACAUGUGCUAUUUUACAAGCUGAAAACAAAACAUCAGUUGUUGAAAAACCAAAAGCAAAAGAAGAUAUUGGAGUCGAAGAAAAACCAAUGCUAAAAUCAUUGGAAAGUUUGGAAGAAAGAGUUCUUGAUGCAAAUUUGAAUAUUUCACAAAAACUUGAUGAUAUAAGUGAAAUGGCUGCAAAAGGAAAUGAAAGUGAAGCUGUUCGAAUGUUGGUUGAAAUGAAAGAACAACAAUUACAACAACAAAUGUUGAUUCAAAAACAGGAGAAAAUUGUUGCACAAUUGAAUAAAGCUGAAAAGGCUAAAGCACCACCAUCUGAAGAAACUGUUACGGUGGGCAAUAAUAUUUUGAAUUCUACAAGUGUAUGA